AUGAGCAGCAUUCACUUCCCCUCAUGGGCCGAGCAGCAGAGUCUUUUCAAGCUAUCUUGUGCAGAUACAGAUGUCUGUGGUCAAUUAUCGAGUGUGGAACACCCAGUGACUCACCUCCCAAGGACCGAGACUGAGUUGGGCACCAAGAAAAUGGCCAUUCCACGACUUGCGGAAGGAGCUGAGUCUGCCUUCACCUCGCCUGGCAGAUUCCACCGUCGACAUGCAUACGAAGAUGUCAUAAGGAAAUUGAGCAAUCGAUUUGGCGUCUCGGACGAACAGCUGGUCAACAUGGCCUUGACCGUGGAUUCAGCACCCGACCUGACUCUGGAUCCGGACUCUUACUCUGCAACUAGAGAACGGAAGCUUUCCUGGAGCUCCGGUUCCGAGCCACCGCCAUCUCGAGCAUCGUCUGUUGCGCCUCUGGAACGAGUCGACCACACCAAGGAAGACUUCAAUCGAGACGAGACUGCCCGCGCAACGGGAUUCAUUGGAAAGAGCUCCGAGAUUAAUUGGCUUCAGAACCUCAGCAAAGAAGUCAACAGCGAACAGGAGGCAUGGCCUGCAGCGGUACCAGACACGGACGAAGGCAAUGGUUUGCUCUCUCCUACGUUGACUCCAGGACCUGAGAAACAUGGAGACCCCUGGGUGGUGUCAUCCAACUACUAUCUGGAUGACUUGGAUAUCCCAACCAUAGAGUCGGUCGAUGCUUAUGAGGUGCCCUCGCGGGAGACAGCCACCAAGUUGCUCAAUGCCUAUCUGACAUGCGUACACCCGUCCUUCCCGAUCAUCGGCAUCUCGACGUUUGUUUCGCAGUUUCAGGUCUUUUUCAACCAAACCUCCUUGAAACCAGGAAACAAGUGGUUGGCUAUACUCAACCUCAUUUUUGCAAUCGCCGCAAAAUAUGGACACCUGUCCAGCGCAGACUGGAGGGAAGGCGAAGAUGAUCACCAGACGUAUUUCUCGAGAGCGAGAUCUUUGAGCCUGGAAGAUCAGCUUCUGCAUCACCCGGAUCUGCAGCAGCUCCAGGUAGAAGGCCUGGCUUCCUUUUACUUGAUUGCAUCCGGGCACAUCAACCGGGCAUGGAAACUGUCUGGUAGUGCAGCUCGUGGGGCCUUCGCCCUUGGUCUGCAUCUACGCAACGUCGGUGUGUGCACUUCGGACACGUCAAAGGAAAUCCGGUAUCGAGUGUGGUGGUCGCUAUACACAAUUGAGCACCUCCUCACUGUAGUGACAGGACGUCCCUCCUGCAUUGUUGACAGCUCGUGCACCACACCCAUGCCGGUUCCUUUCGACGAAAGUGACUUCCAGAAAGACGAAGUGGCCCGACUGAUCAGCAUGGUCGGACGAGGGAUCUCCAGCCAGCGAGACCGAAUGCCGAUAAAUAACAACAAGGCAGCCAGUCUCGAUUCAACCGGUGACUCCGACUUGAAUGAUGCACCUGCUGAAAAUGACGCCAGGAUGAGCAAGGUCGAGUACCUGAAAGGCUUGCCGCCCUGCAUGUCACUGUACUUCCUGCAGCUGGUCUCAUUGACCACCAUCGCCAAACGGAUGACGAUCAAGUUGUACAGUCCCGAGGCACUGCAGUCCCCGUGGGCAAGUACCGAAUUCACCAUCCAGAGCUUGAUGCUGGAGAUCGAUUCUUGGUUCAUGAAUCUGCCCGCGGCUUACGACUUUACUUCGACACAGACAUCUCAAUGCCCCGUCAGCCAGCGAAUGGGACUCGCCUUCCUGUUCUACAGCACCAAGAUCGGCAUCACCCGGCCCUGUCUCUGUCGACUUGACCCUUCUCGGCCGGAUGGCGACAAGACCCAGGAGUUCUGCAGCAAGACCGCCGCCGAAUGUGUCGAGUCCGCAUGCCACAUGCUGACACUUUUCCCGGAUACGCCAGACGCGGCUCUGCUAUACCGGAUCUCUCCGUGGUGGUGCACGUUGCAUUACCUGAUGCAGGCGGCUACUGUGCUUCUAAUGGAGCUCGCAUUCCGGGCCCAACACGUCCCGGAGAAGGCCACGAUGGUGUCCAAGGCUGCAAAGAAGGCUCUCGAUUGGCUGUCCACGCUAUCGAAGGUGAACAUGGCCUCGGAGCGAGCAUGGAAGCUUUGUGAUGGGUUCCUACGCCGUCUGGCACCGCACAUGGAAACGGAACUGGCCGACUUCCCGGGGAGCGAAGAGUCCUCUACAGACUCUGUAUUCGACGUCGCCGCAGCCGCCGACUCGGUGGCUAUCACAGACGACCAAACUGUUGAUGAUAUCACCUUCGAUCCGUCUGCAACGCUGCCGGCCGCCUCGGCGACUGCUGUCGACGCCAUUGCAGCAGAGCUGGACUCCAUUGCCUGCUCCCCGAUGGACCGGUCUGGUACUCCUCUGGCAAUGCCAGUUCCCUACGGUCUUGAGUCGACGGACCUGCUGGAUCAGGUCAUGAAGCCGGACAAAGCGACUUCUGAGCGAGGCUCCUUCGACGAAUACUUUCCAUACGACCCGGCUACUGGCCAAAUUACUGGCUCUUUCUUCCCGGCUGGGCCGAAUCUGGACUUUGAUCUGGGCUACUUCUGGGGUGAUACUGUCUGCUGA